AUGAACACCGCGCGUCCGUGCGAGAUUUCGCGAAGAGGCGCGGGGGCGACGUUCGGCGUGGAGACCGAGCAAGGGAAGUGGACCAUGAUGCGCCACGGGAACAAGAACGCGAAGCUUAACAAGCCGGCGGAUCAACGUAAGGCGCUCAUUCGAGGGUUGACGACGGAGUUGCUUCGCCACGGAACGGUGACGACGACGAUGGCGCGCGCGAAGGCGAUGCGAAAGCCGGUGGAGCACAUGAUUCAAUUAGCCAAGGAUGGUGAUGACUACAAGCGACGCAUGGCGGAGGCGUUCAUUUACGAUAAGGAAGUCGUCGAGGCGCUCUUUGAGCAAGCGCCGAAGCGAUAUGCUGAUCGUAACGGUGGUUACACACGCAUCGUGCGCACGUUGAGCCGCCGCGGGGAUAACGCGGAGAUGGGCGUCAUUCGCCUUGUGUAA